GGUGUAACAUGCCAGAAAGGAGCAGAAUGUUUGCAGUGAUAUACUCUUCAAACACAAGCUCACAUGAUCUCCCUGCGCAAGUCAUCUAGCUUGAGGGACACGGAGUUCAAUACUUCCCGGCGACAAUCGAUUCCAGCCCAUUAGCAGCGACAUAUUCCAGACUUCACCCUGGCUGAACCACAGGAAUCCCUCAUUGGAGAGGACACCAUGGACAGCUCUCGUGAGCAUACCCCCGAGAAUGGGCCUCAUGCAGCCUCAGGUACCAUCAACACCGGCAGUCCGCAGGAGGAGCAUCUGGACCCUCAGCGGAGCAUGCCCGACGGUGUCCUGGAAAUCACCCUCAACCCUCUCCCGCCCAAUACUUCGAGAUCCAUCUUAUCUCCUGCACAGCUGCAGCAAUUGCAGCAACAGCAACAGAACCGAAGACGACGUCCACCAGCGUGGAUCACUGGAUUGCCAUAUCCUCAUCAACGGACUCAGUCCCUUAGCACCUCGCGCCCAUUACGACAGCAGCAGUCGUCAGUCAUUCGCCAUGUACGAAAUCACACCCAUUCAGAUGCACUUACACCACACUCCGCCUCCUCAGCAGUGCCAGACCCUACAGCCAUACCAUCGUCUUCAGGGACAAUGUCUCCCUCGCCAGUUGCUUCGCCAGAUCAACAGUUGGUGACCAAGUUAGUAUCAGGCUUCACACUAGACUGAUCAGAGUAUUUGACAGCUCAUUGCAAUAGGCACUCCUGGGCUGAUACGAUCCU